AUGACCGGGUAUUUUAUGCCACGUUAGCAAUUUUAGUUUGAAAAGUCUUAAUUUAUGUGAUGGUUGAAAAGUCAAAAAGAAAAGCGUUUGGAGAACACGUGUCAAUUUCGGAUUGGUUAAUUUCGUUUUAUUGCGUCGGUCAAUUAAACGAGUUGAAAUUUUAUGCCAUGUCAGCCUUAGGAUAGAAAAUUCUUAGGAUUUUAGAAAUUGGAAAUUUACGAAAACGAAAAAUGAAAAAUAAAUAAAUUAAGAUUAAUUAGAAUUAAUUAAGAAAAAUAAAUUAAUUAAUUAAAUUAAAUUGAUGAAUAAUAAUAUUGAGAAAAUUAGUUUUUAUUUGGUGUUAAUAAAUAAAAUUGUGUGUUAAAAUGAAAAAAAAAAUGAAUUGGAAAUUAAAUAAAACAAUUAGAAUAAAGAAAAGAAAAAAAAUAUAUAUAUAUAUUCAAUGGGCUUUGAAUAUGGGUUGUAAAAGAAAAAAAAAAUUUAAUGGAGUUGGGCUUAAGUGGCUAGUGGCUUUUAAAAGCCUAGUGGGCUGUUAGUAAAAAAAGAAAGGAAUUGAGUUGGGCUUGGAUGUGGGCUUAAGUGGCUGCCAUGUGAAGUGGGCUGUUUUAAAAAUAAAUAAAAAAAAAAGGAAAAGGGGGAAAAUUGGAAAAGUGCAGCACGCGGGAGAGAGAGAGAGAAAAGGGCACUGUUCAUAAAUUAUGGCACUCGUCGGAAUUUUGAUCGGCCGUUUGGACGGCCAAACGAUUUCUGUUUCGGCCCAAAUUCGGAGGAAGUACUCUAUUCGACUAGACGAACAAGCCUGCGGUGGCUGAUUUUGUUUUUAACGGUCAAAUUUUCAGAUCUGAGGGUUUGUUAAACUUGAAAUGGCGGGAAGGACCAGAGGAGGAAGAUCAGAGAGGAAUGAGGAGUUGGAGACAGUUAGAGAAGAACUCCGAGAAGUAAGAAGAGAGUUGAGAGAAACAGUUGAAUUGAUGAGAGGCCAGGGUUCCAGGAGAGCAGGAGGUACCCAGGGCCAUGAGGAUUCAGGCCACUCACAUAGGAGGAGCCGCACUGAGAGGCCAGUAAUGAGCCAAAUGGAAGCAAUGAAGAGGUUCAUGGUGAUGCAGCCUCCAUCUUUUAAUGGAGAGCCCAGUGCUGAAGCAGCUGAGCAUUGGUUGAGGAGGAUGAGAAGAAUUCUGGUGGGACUGGACAUACCUGAGGAAAGAAGGGUAGGUUUGGCAACAUAUAUGCUUGUGGACAAAGCUGAUUUCUGGUGGGAAUCAAUGAAAAGGGUGUAUGACACUGAGGUUAUGACCUGGGAGGAAUUUGAGAGAAUCUUCCUAGGCAAGUAUUUUGGGGAAGUGGCUAAGCAUGCCAAGAGGAUGGAGUUUGAGCACCUCAUCCAAGGAACCAUGUCAGUGCUGGAGUAUGAGUCACGUUUCUCAGAGUUGUCUCGUUUUGCUUUGGGGAUGAUCAGUGAGGAAGGAGAAAAGGCUAGGAGGUUCCAGCAGGGGUUGAGACCUGCUAUUAGGAACAGAUUAGUCCCAUUGGCAAUAAGGGAUUAUUCUGAGUUGGUUAAGAGGGCUUUGUUGGUGGAGCAAGACAUUGACGAAACCAACCAAAUUCGAGAGCAAAAGGGGGACAGAAAAGGGAAACAAAGAAUGGGGGAAAGUUCUCAGGGGCCACAGCAGAGGCAGAGGACUCAGCAGUUUGAGAGGCGUCCCUCGUUCUAUGCAGGAGAGGGGCAAAUUGCUCAGAGGGCGACUGCUAAUAGAGUAUGUUAUGGUUGUGGAGCAGGAGACCAUUUAUGGAGGGCUUGCCCAUUGCGAGGCACACAACAGGCUCGACCUCAGUCUCAGGGAAGUUCUCAGCAACAGUCAGUAGUGUCUUUCCAGCCCCCUCAGCUUCAGUUGCCUUACUAUCAGAUGCCACAAUUACCCCCAGCAGCGCAGGGAACCAGGACAACUACCACGAGUCAGACCCGCUCUUCUCAGGGGUCGAAUGCUAGAGGUAGGGGAAGGCCAGCAGCAGGAAGAGUUUUUGCCUUGACCCCAACAGAGCCAGAGGAGGAUGCCCUUUUGGUGGAAGAUGCAGAUAUCUCUCCUGAGGAUCCACAGGUGGGACAGGGAGGACUUCAGGAUGCUCCUGGAGCGGCCUAGUGGAGCGUGACAUUUAUUUGUUAUUGUGUUCCUUUUUGGAUUUUGGGGAUUUGUUUUAGCAAUUAUGACUCAUGGAUUUGCUAUGAAGCUUUAUUUGAUUAAGUUGUUAAUUGUGAACUUUUAUUUUGGACUAUAAUGAAUAUUUAUUUAA